CGUUAGGAAAUUCGAGGCAUUUUUCAUAAUCUUGUUCCCCCAAGGGAGUCUGAACUUCAUCGUUGUAUUUUUCAAGCGAAUAAGCCGACAGGUAAAGCAUGACUGAUACAUACGGUGUACGCUGUAGACUCACCUCCGUAUAAUACGGACGAUGUACACUGCGGGGGCCGUAUGGAGGGUUUGAUCAGAGGGUUUUGCCCAAUUAUUUGAGUAACCAAUUUAUACCGCUGGCAAUUGCAAGAGCAGAAAAUAGAUCCUCAACGUCUACGCUCCACUUUUUCUUCUGCUCACCGCUAGCUUCUUUCGAAAACACUACCAACGCACCGUUCUAUUAAAAUGCCCCGGAGUCGCCAGGAACUAGUUUUUGGCAUGUGGUCACAUUUGAGCCGGAGAGACUUUUAAAUUAUCGAAGGAUUUUGUGGGCAUGGGUCGCUCGAGGGGAGUCCUCGCUUCUACAGAGGAUGAUCCUUCUCAACGGUCCAAAAGGCGAAGGAUUGCAUCGGGUGGAGAUAAUCUGGAGAGUGUAAUUUCAGGUACAAAUGAAGGAAAAAGGGCACUGUAUCACUGUAAUUACUGUAGCAAGGACAUUUCUGGGACAAUACGCAUCAAAUGUGCUAAAUGUCCUGAUUUUGAUCUCUGUGUUGAGUGCUUUUCUGUAGGUGUUGAGGUCACCCCUCACAAGAGCAAUCAUAAUUACAAGGUUAUGGACAAUCUGUCUUUUCCCCUCUUUCACCCAGACUGGAAUGCAGAUGAAGAGAUGUUGCUCUUGGAGGGAGUAGAAAUGUACGGAUUGGGAAAUUGGGGAGUAGUUGCAGAGCAUGUUGGAACAAAAACAAAAGUUCAAUGUUAUGAUCAUUAUAUGAAGGCAUACAUCAAUUCUCCUUGUUAUCCUCUACCUGAUAUGUCACAUGUAAUUGGAAAGACGAAGGCAGAGCUUUUAACCAUGGCCAAGGUACAUGGAGAUGGAAAAAAAGGAUUUUCUGUAUAUGGGGAUGCUGGCAUAUCUAAAACUCCUAAGGAAGAGUCUUCUAUAUCUCCAUUAAGGAUCAAGGUGGAAGAUAUUAAUAAAGAUGCAUCGGCAGAAGGACGAUCACCAUCAAAUUUUACAGCAGGCACUGAAGGAGAAAAUGCAGAGAGCAAGGCAAAUAGCCUCACCGGCAAUAGUACAGUGACCAGUUCAUUAGGUGCAGGCAAAAUGGCUUCAAAUGCAACUCAAGUCAAGGAAGGCUCAAAUGGGCUUCGUGCUGGAAGUGCAGCAUUAACUGAAGAUUAUCUGACAAACCGGAGUAUUGGAGGGAAGAAACCAAAGCCAUCAGGGGAAGAUUGCCAACCCUUGCUGGAAUUAAGUGGUUAUAAUCCUAAAAGACAAGAAUUUGAACCUGAAUAUGACAACGAUGCAGAGUUGCCUCUGGCAGAGAUGGAAUUUAAGGAAAAUGAUUCUGAAACAGACCGCGAGUUGAAGCUGCGUAUGUUGCAUAUAUAUUACUCCAGGCUUGAUGAACGCAAACGGCGCAAAGAUUUUAUAUUGAAAAUGGACCUCCUUAAUUCUAGGCACCUUGAAAAAUUGCAUACAAAGGAGGAAAGAGAGCUUUUCCAGCGUUUCAGGGUGUUCAUGCGUUUCCAUUCACAAGAAGAGCAUUAUAAAUUGCUUGAGGAUCUGAACAAGGAACGUAAGAUUAAACAAAAGAUUGAAGAACUACAGGAAUAUUACAUUGCUGGUUGUCAUACAUUCGCAGACGUGGAACAGUUAAAAGCUAAGAGAGAGGCCGAAGCCAGUAAUAGGAAAUCAAAGGAAAGUGGUCCAUUGUCUGCAACUGCAAAAGCAGUGCACCGUGCAAACCGCUCUGUGAAUAGAGAAAGAGGGGAAGGGGAUAGCAGUCCAGGCUGUGUGGUGGAGAACCAAAAGGCAAGGAAUACCACAGCACAGGGAGCUUCUGGUAACAUGUGUCCUGUGACCACAGGACAAAAGGGGACAAAGAAAUCUCUACUACCAUGGGAUAUUAAAGGCCUUCCGGGUGCAGAGUUGUUAUCUUUAACUGAACAACAAUUAUGCUCUCAGAAUAGAUUAUUCCCAGAACAUUAUCGACGAAUAAAGAAUAUUCUUGUGCUCAAGAGUACAGGCGGUCCUGUAAAAAGGGCUGAUGCAUAUCGUUUUUUUAAAAUUGAUUCCAGCAAAGUGGACAAAGUGUAUGAUUUCCUGUCAAGAAUGGGCUGGAUUCAGGAACCUAAGGUGCGUACAUGUAACAGAUGAAAUUGGUAUUGAAUAAACACUUAAAUUUCCAUCCUUUUACCCUGAUGAAAGUGUAGGACAGGAGCAUCAGGGAACAAACAAAAAGUUCAUGCUGAGCAGAUUUUUCAAAAUUUCAUUGUGUUGUCUGGCCCUUUUUAACUUUUCUUUGCCGAGGAAGGUUACUUAAAUAUUUCCAGUCAAUAAUUUCACCAAUUACCACAAAUGUGGCUGGAAUUAAGAAUACAAGUUCCACCAUCUUUUUGAUUUUGUAAUCAUAAAACGACAGAGCUUGAAAAGCAAGGAAAAUGAUGAAUUUUGCAUUUUUUCAAGCUGCUGCUGUCAUUUUCAGGGUAGCAGACAUACACCUAAUUCUUCAAUGGAUGUCAAUCUAUUGGGAUAGUGUGAUUUAAAAAUCCACAGGAGUAUUUUUGUAGGGAUGCCUGAAGUUUUUUUCUCAAAAUAAUAUAUUCUAUAAUUAUUGAAGUAAGGAAUGCAAAGUCUUCAAAUCACAGAAGUUUUCCCCAUUGUCUUUAAGUUUAACUUUCAUAAGUGUGGGUCUUUUACCAAAGAGAUGGUGAUUAUUAUAAGGAGAUAUAAGUAGUCACAUUAUAGACCUUUCUUGCUGUUUUAUCGGCUGAAGAAUCUAUUGGUCCUUUCCAUCUGGGAUCCUCAAAAUAUUUCUGUCUGAUCCACAGGGAAAUAGAUUGAAAGAAGCCUACUCUAUAAAGAUAAAAUGAUAAUAAAAUGUACUGGUCAAAAAACCAAUAAUCAGAUUUCCCCCAGAGAGUACUAUUAACAAUUGUCCUAGUUGUUGUAAAGGAUUCAACCAUGUAGAUGACAAGCUAUAUCUGCGGAAAUGAAAAAGCUGCCUGGAAGAUAUGAGGGAUUGUUGUAUUUGUU